UAUCAUUCUUCGAAAGAUCCUAACUCGGAACUUGGCUAUGUUCUCGAUUUUGUCUAGUUGAGGGAUCUUUAAAAUACGACAAAUAAAAAGAUACGAGAGUCGAGGGAAACUGUGGUUUGUUUUAUCACUGAUUUAUAGUAUUUUUACUCAACAUUCAGAAUAAAGAGAAAAUCAUGACGGGAAUAUAUUUAUAGUAGUUUGGUCUUCCUGUGUGACAUUCAGAAUAAAGAGAAAAUCGUGACGGGAAUAUAUUUAUAGUAGUUUGGUGUUCCUGUGUUACUAAAAAUAGAAUUGACGUACUACUGAAUCAUGCCAAAGAGUAUAAACUUAUGAGUCGCAUUCUAAUUCAUAUAAUUUUUGUGUCAGCAUUUCGGUCAGUUCAGUUUGGAAACAUUUGUAGAGCUAAAUUCCUUCUGAGUUUUUAUUUUUGGUAAAGUUUUAUCUUCAUUUUAUACUUUUUAUUGACGAUUUAAUGACGAUGGUGGCUGCACAAGUAAUCUUGCCCUACAAACGUUCUCGUAAACUCAAUUUUCCCAAGUCCAUCAGUUCUUCCUUGAAGUGUGAAAUCUGCGAAGAUCUUCUUAAUAAACCCAAGCAAUCUAGUUGUGGACACCGAUUCUGUCAGGACUGCUAUGAACAACUGGUAAAGGAUUCUUCAGGAGCUGCAAGUUGUCCAGUCGAUGGGAAUGAACUAACAUCUGAAAAUGUAUUCCGCGAUCGAUACUGUGAGAGAGAUAUUCUGAACCUAGAUUGUUACUGCUACAACUAUGAAAAAGGCUGCAGAUGGCUUGGUCAACUACACGAUUUAGAGAAGCAUGAGGAGAAGUGCGAAUAUUCACUCAAGCAAUGUCCCAAUCCUGGCUGUAAUGAAAAAAUAGAAAGAAGACAUCUGGAUGAUCACGUGAAAAACACGUGCAACUUUAGACUGAUCAUGUGCAAGAACUGUGGUGCAAACGUGAUUCAUAGCAAUGAAAAGCUGCACAAUGAAAAAUGUCCAAAGGUUGAGGUCAAGUGUACCAAUGGAUGUGGUGCAAUGAUUGCACGAGGAGAUCUUGAGGAACACGUUACAAAACAAUGCCUCAAUGCACCGGUGGCCUGCGCAUUGGAACAAGGUGGCUGUCAUUUCAAAGGAUCGCGAGGAGAUGUCGAAGAACACGAGUCUACAGCAAUAACACAACACAUUCAAAUACUAGGCGACCAGCAGAAGGAAUAUUCUGAAAAUAUGCAGCAAUUGAAUGAUAAAAUCAAGAAGAUGGAGUCUGAGAAAGAAUAUCUUGAAUCACAAAUGAUAGAAAGCAGAGAAGCCUUAGCAUAUACCAAACAAGACCUGCAGACCCAGGGGACAAAGAUGGGGAUCCUAGAAAAGAACAUCACGAAACAAAAAGAAGAACUGGUAAGAAUAAAAGAAAUCCUAGAUAAUAUUCAACAUGAAAGAGGCUCGGAUACCGUAAUAGAGUCUCAAAUUGGGGAGAUUAUCUCGCUCUUAGAGAGUCAAGGAAAACGAAUAUCAGAUCUUGAAGGACAAUUGAUUCAAGAUCGAGAGACGUCUGGACUGGGUACUAGCUAUCUUGCUAAGAACUCGAUGAGCAGCGGCAGACGGCUCGAGAGGAAUGAGCAUAUUUGCGCUCUGAGUGAAGCUAGGAUCAAUCAACAUGACAUUAGACUACAAAUGCUUGAAGCAACRUCAUAUGAUGGGACAUACAUAUGGAAAAUAGAUGAAUGGCCCACGAGAGUAAGAGAAGCAAGGAUAGGAAAAACUACCUCGAUAUACAGCCCUCCUUUCUAUGUAGGGCGCUAUGGGUACAAAGUAUGUGGACGUCUCUACCCCUGUGGGGAUGGCAUUGGCAAAGACACUCACAUUUCCUUGUUUUUCGUUGUGAUGAAGGGGGAAUUUGACGCUCUUUUACAAUGGCCGUUUGGUCAAAAAGUUACUUUCAGACUUAUUGAUCCAAAUAACUUGCAGGAUGUAACGGAUUCAUUUCGUCCUGAUCCGAAAAGUUCGAGCUUUCAAAGGCCCAAGAGCGCGAUGAACAUCGCUUCGGGAACGCCACAGUUUGUAAGCCAAAAGGAUCUGAUUAGUAGAGGAUAUGUUGUUGAAGGCACUCUGUAUAUCAAGAUAACUGUAGACAGAACUGGCUUAAGAGAACUAUGAGUUCAAUCUUAGACAUCUUAGUCAUAAAAAUUUAAUUAUAUAUAUAGUUUUUUUAUUUAAACAUAUAAAUUGUCUCCAAGAGCUCUCAUGCGAGCUCAUCUAGGGAGAUCACUUAAUAUAAAUUUACAAAAUUAGAUAGGGUACUCAAAGUAAUUAACAAAAUAGCACAUAAGAGAUGAGGCGGUAAGCCGUGUGGGAUGGGCUCGGAAAUCGUAUAAGGGCAUGCGUAAUAGGUAAAUUACGAGCCUUAUAUGAAACGACUGAAGAAGAGGGCCAAUGGGCCUUUCACAACUUCAAGUCGCGUAAAAAUGAGCCAGCUCAACUAGAAACCGUGGACAGCUGUCUCGGCCUGUAUUGGGCCUCGUCAGCACGAAAAAGUAGUACAUGAAAGAUGAUAGUAGUAAAGCGUACAGAUUUUUACAAAAAUAAUAGAUAAUCAUUAAACUAUAAUUAUACUAUAUAUUUAUUAGAAUAAUAUAUAAUUAUUAAACUAUAAUUACACUAAAUAUAUAUUAGAAUAAUAUAUUAUUAUUGUUAUGGCCCUCAUGAUGAUAUAGAUAUAUAUUAGGCUAUUUAUUUAUUCAUAUCCAUACGGCUUAUUAUUUCAAUUCAUAAAUAACUAAUUUUGACACGUAUAUGUGUAUGAGAAUAUAUAUGAAGUAUACACCUAUUUCAAAAAACGUUGUCGGUUGUAUAUCUAAAAUGAGAAAUCUGAGACCGAUUGGAAUUGUGGGGGACUGAGUGUUUUCUCGUUCAAAAUUCAAUACACACUUACCAAGAUGGUUUGCCAGUGCAGGUCAUCGCUCAAAGUUUGGACCCGUGCCCUGGCGAUUCCGGUGCCAUGCUCUAACCACUGAGCUACCGAGACUUCAAGGACACAUGUGGGUUUAUCGGGCCGAUAGGAGAUAUGUGUAUAUGUAUUUGAGAUGUAUAUUAACAGUAAUUUAUAUUGUAUAAAUAAACUUUCCUUGCUGCAAGAUUA